CGGUCAAGAGUUCCAUGCCGUCGAUAGAAUUGUUGAAAUUACUUAAAAAAUCGACUCGGCCCGAAAUUCAACCCGUUCCCGAACCCGGCCAGGAACCAGCAAUUCACUGAUCCGCAUAUCUUCAGAUCUCAUUUGAAUCGUAAUGAUUUUGAAUUGAAGUCGUUUUUUGUGGUGAAAUUUUGUUUUUCGUUUUCAAUGGCGACGAGGAAUAGGACGAUCUUAUAUAAGAAGUAUAGGGACGCGUUAAAGAGCGUCCGGGUUCCGUCGGGUUCGUCGCCGUCGAGCUCCGGUGGAGGACCUGUGAUAGAGCUGUCAACGACGUCGUUGCUUAAUCCCAAUCGCUCCUAUGCCCCUCUAAGUACUGAAGAUCCGGGAACGUCCAGGGGUACAGUUGCUGUAGGUCUACCACCAGCUUGGGUGGAUGUAUCUGAAGAAAUUGCAUCUAAUGUGCAACAAGUGCGGGUAAAAAUGGCUGAGCUAGCGAAGGCUCAUGCCAAAGCUUUAAUGCCCUCAUUUGGAGAUGGUAAAGAAGAUCAACGCCAGAUUGAAUCUCUUACACAGGAGAUAACUGGUCUUUUGAAAAAAUCAGAAAAAAGGUUACAAAUACUCUCUGCUGGUGGGCCUUCAGAGGAUUCAAACAUCAGGAAAAAUGUGCAGCGCUCUCUAGCCACCGACCUUCAGACUCUUUCAAUGGAGCUACGUCGAAAGCAAUCUGCAUAUUUACAGCGACUUCGGCAGCAAAAAGAGGGCCCAGAUGGGGUUGACUUGGAAAUGAACUUCAAUGGAAGCAAUUCUAGAAGAGAGGAGGAUGAUUUUGAUGACAUGGGAUUCAGUGAACAUCAAAUGACCAAGCUAAAGAAAAGCGAGGCACUCACUGUAGAAAGGGAGAGAGAAAUCCAACAGGUCGUUGAAUCAGUCAAUGAUCUUGCCCAAAUAAUGAAGGAUUUGUCAGUCCUGGUGAUUGAUCAGGGCACUAUUGUUGACAGGAUAGAUUACAAUAUAACGAAUGUGGCGGCAUCUGUAGACGAGGGCCUGAAACAGUUGCAAAAGGCGGAGAGAACUCAGAAACAAGGUGGUAUGGUUAUGUGUGCCACAGUGCUCGUAAUCAUGUGCUUCAUUAUGCUUGUUCUUUUGAUCUUGAAGGAGAUAAUUUUUUAAGGAGUGCAAAUCUUGCAAUCAAUCCUAUCGUUCGAUCCUCCCCAGCGACUGUAACACGCUCUCAAGAGACGUUGAAAGUGAAAGAGUGGGACUUUGUAUAGAGCACUUGGUGUAUUUAACAAUCAGAAUUCUGGAGGAUAUAUUAAAUAUUGAAUCAUCUCCUGAGGAGAAUUUUGUAGUUUAUGUUCAGAUUAGGGGGAUGAGUUGACUUGUACCAAUUCAUUCUUCAAGUGGAAGGGAAACAAUCUUCAUACUACAUAUUUUCAUUUACAUAAAGUGUUCUUUUUUU